AUGGAGCUGCAGGAUUUCCACCACCCGUUUACCCUGUAUGACAUCCAGCUUCAGUUUAUGCGGGCCCUGUAUGGCUGCUUGGAAGACGGGAAAGUCGCCGUUUUCGAGUCCCCCACCGGUACUGUAAGUUUGCCCCCACUGAGCCAUGACCCUGGUGAAUCGGAUGAGAUGCCAUCUCCGGCCAUUGCACGGGAUCAUCCCUGCCAUCUUCCUACUAAGAAAGCCUCCCCGGCCAGGCGCAGGACCUUUCAGGAGACUUUGGACCAAGCAGCAUGCGACGAUGAUGAGCCGGAGUGGAUGGUGGAAUUCGCCAAGAAGGAUUCCCGCCGUGCCAUUGCCGAGAAAAGACAGGAAUUCGAGGCGCGGCUGGCCAAGAUCAAACGCGAAGAAGAGCGCGUGAGACAGGCCCAGCCGACGCAGGAACGACCUCGGAAGAAACAGCGACUGGCGGACCCGGAAUCGCAACAAGGUCACGAUGAGGAGGACCAAUUCGUCCUGGAUGAUUAUGAUAGCGAGUCGGACGAACGAACGAAGCCAAGCGAGCCAGGAGGGGUGGAUGGCCUGUCCGCGAGCACUCUCGCCUUGUUAGAGAAGUUCAGGGGGCACCUCUCGACACAGAGGAAAGACGAGGACGAAGACGAUGACACUGUCAAGAUCUUCUAUUGCUCCCGGACACACUCCCAACUCAGUCAGUUUGCGGGUGAACUGCGUCGAGUGGCGUUUCCUUCGAGUAUCCCCGUGGACCCAGACACAGAUGGCAACGACGAUGACCGGUCGACGCUUGAGGAAGCUGUGAAACACCUCUCUCUUGGCUCCAGGAAGAAUCUGUGUAUCAAUCCCAAGGUCCGAGCCUUGGAUAAUGGCACAGCGAUCAAUGAGCGGUGUUUGGAUCUACAGCAACCGGGCGUGGCCGCUGACAAGAAAUGCUCUUACCUCCCUUCCAAGGAUGACGAAGCCUUACUUCUCCAGUUUCGAGACCAUGCCUUGGCGACAGUGAAGGACAUUGAGGACCUCGGCAAAGUGGGAAAGGAGGUUGGCAUUUGUCCCUACUAUGCGUCGCGGUCUGUCAUCAAGCACAGUGAGAUCGUGACACUCCCCUAUCCACUCUUACUUCAACGGUCUGCCCGCGAGGCCCUCAAUUUGUCCGUCAAGGACCACGUGGUCAUCAUUGAUGAGGCGCACAAUUUGAUGGACGCCAUCGCCGGCAUUCACUCAGUCGCGGUCUCGCUAUCACAGCUGCAAACUGCAAUCACGCAAUUAACCACAUACGCCCGCAAGUUCAAGAACCGGCUCAAGGGGAAGAACAGGAACUAUGUGGCCCAAGUGAUCAGGCUAGUGAGCUCCAUCGCCAGCCACCUCCAGGGGAUCUCUCAGCAAAAGGGGUCCCCAGAAGGCUCGGUUCAAUCAUCCGAUCUCAUGGCGGGCAAGGGCGUGGACCAAAUCAACCCUUACAAGCUAUCUCGGUAUCUGCAAGAGAGCAAGUUGGCUCGGAAAGUUGACGGCUAUGUAGAGUCCUCGCAAGGACCGCAAGGUGCCCGAUCCAGAGACCGAGCAACAGUGCCGGUUCUCUUCCACAUCCAGAGCUUCCUUUUGCCUCUAAUGAACCCGUCGGAAGAAGGCCGGUUAUUCUACCAAAAGGACAAGAACGACGUGCAGUUGAAAUACAUGCUGCUCGAUCCGACCAAUCAUUUCCGGGAGAUUGUCGAAGAUGCCCGAGCUGUGAUUCUGGCUGGUGGCACAAUGUCUCCGAUGUCGGAUUACAUGAACCACUUAUUUUCCUAUGUUUCACCCGAGCGGCUGGGUACGUUCAGCUACGGCCACGUCAUUCCACACGCCAACCUAGUGGCACAAGCCCUCACGAGAGGGCUCAUGGGCACCGAGUUUGACUUUACUUACGAGGCCCGCAACUCCGAGAAGAUGAUAACCGACCUCGGAAGAACGAUAGCAACACUAUGCCAAGUCAUCCCAGACGGCGUAGUCGCAUUUUUCCCCAGCUACGACUAUCUCAGCCAAGUAGUCAGCGUCUGGAAAAAGCCCAUCCCCAACGGCAAUGGCGGCACAACACUGGGCCUCAUCGAACAGAAGAAACAAAUACUCUACGAAUCCCGCGACUGCGCCAUAUCCACAGACACUCUCCUCCAAGAAUACACUUCCGCCGUCGAAACCGGCCAAGGUGCCCUCCUACUCUCCGUGGUGGGCGGCAAGCUCUCCGAAGGGAUCAACUUCUCCGACCGACUGGGCCGUGGUGUAUUCAUAAUUGGGCUACCCUUCCCCAACAUCCGCAGCGCGGUCUGGACCGCCAAGAUCAAGUACAUCGAAGAAAAGACGGCCAAGCAGCACGCCGGGAGCGAAGCUGACAAGAGAGCCGCCGCUGCCGCCGCGGGCCGCGAUUUUUACGAGAAUGCCUGCAUGAGGGCUGUGAAUCAGUGCAUUGGGCGGGCGAUCCGGCAUGUUAAUGACUAUGCGGCUAUUGUGAUGGUUGACCGGCGGUAUGAGACGCCGCGCAUUCAGGGGAAGUUGCCCGGGUGGAUCCAGGGGAGUCUUGUUUCUUCGCCGGCGGCAAGGCCGGCACAGGCUACUGUGCAGCGGUUAUCGAGAUUUUUCGCUGAGAAGGCACAAUGA